UCCCUCCCCUCCUCUCUGCCCCCCCUCCCCCUCUCCUGCUCACCGUCGCGCCGUGGAGUGGAUGUUUUGGUGAACAAAAAUACGGUGUCGAAAGGGGACGUAAAAACAUUCAAAACAUGACAUUUCGAGCGAGCGGGACCUGAAGCGACCGAGCGCGCGGGGCAGCGGAGGGUCCUUCGGCGGAGGUUUCGGUUUACUUUUUUUUUGUGUUGCCUCGUAUCCCUCCGCAUGUCCGCUUUCUUCGUAGAUGGUCUCCAGCGAGCGUUGUCUGGCGGCGGACGACAAGUUGCCAAGGAAGAAGAAUAAUAUGAAGGAGAUGAUCGGCGGCUGCUGUGUUUGCUCCGAUGAGAGAGGCUGGGCCGAGAACCCGCUGGUGUACUGCGACGGACACGGCUGCAACGUGGCCGUGCAUCAAGCCUGCUACGGCAUCGUGCAGGUGCCCACUGGUCCCUGGUUCUGCAGAAAGUGUGAAUCUCAGGAGCGAGCGGCCCGUGUGAGAUGUGAGCUGUGUCCCCACAAAGAUGGAGCCCUGAAGAGGACCGACAACGGAGGCUGGGCCCAUGUAGUUUGUGCCCUUUAUAUACCCGAAGUGGAAUUCGCUAAUGUUUCGACGAUGGAGCCCAUAGUACUCCAGUCUGUGCCGCACGAUCGCUACAACAAGACGUGUUACAUCUGUGAGGACCAGGGAAGAGAGAGUAAGGCAGCCAGUGGAGCCUGUAUGACCUGCAACAAACAUGGCUGCCGGCAGGCCUUCCAUGUCACAUGCGCCCAGUUUGCGGGGUUACUGUGUGAAGAACAAGGAUCAGACGCAGACAAUGUCAAGUACUGUGGAUAUUGCAAGUACCACCACAGCAAAUUGCGAAGGAGCAGGGGCCGUGGUAGUAUGUGUCAAUUAAGUGGCUCUUCCUCUCAGUGUGUGGAGAGACCCCCGGACAUGGACAAGAAGAAACACAAGGAGAGGGACAGGCACAAACCCAAACACAAGAAGAUCUCCAUGGACAUGUCCCCCUCCCUUGUCCUUCCUAACAUCUUGGUCCCGGACAAGACCUACAACAGCGGCAACUCAGGGGGAGGAGUCACCUCCCUGCCGGCGUCCUCGCAGAAGCGGCUGGACGAUGGCACCGCCCGCUUCACCACGGCCAACUUCCAAGAGGUGUCCUCCGCCCUCGGCGGUGGCCCCAAAGACGGCUCGCCGGCCGACGCCGGCAAGGCGGCCUCCGAGGUGAAGAACAAGAAGAGCGGCGGCGUGGGUCACGUGGCGGGACAGAGGGGCGGCCGCAAGUCCCUCACCUCCUCAGGGAAACCCCUCCCUUCUGCCGUGGUCACCAUGGCAACCUCCUCCACAUCUGCCUCUGCCUCCACCGGGCCUUUCCAUCAAGGCCUCCUGUUGACCAGUGCCAGCAAGACGCCCUCUGCUCCGUCCUCCUCAGACUUCCUAAGUUUCUCGGAUUCAGCGUUGCGUUCGGGGGGCGGCACCACCUUCUCCUCGCCGCCGUCUUUCAGCAGCUGCCUGGUGAAGCCGUGCUCGGAGGGCGGCGCCUCGGAGGGAACCACGGCACUCUUUGGCUCCAUGAUGUCUACUAACACGGCCUCCGCAGUGGGCGGGAAGCUGUACGAGAACUCCCACAGUCACACGGCCACCGAGACGACCAGCCUCGGGGGGCCCGCCGGCUACAAGCGGCCACAACCCUCCAGCUCGCUGCCGGGGAUCGGAGGAGCCGCGGCGGGAGGAGGAGGGGACGAUGGGGUGAAGAAGAAGAAGAAGGGCAACUGGCGCAACAGAUUUGGACCUUGCUUCACCACGGACGUGAAAGCUUCUGAGCCGGCUCCCUCCCUGACCAUCCCCUCCUCCUCGACGGCUAACACCACCGCCCCCACCUCCUCCUCCUCCACCGCCUCCACAUCCUCCUCUUCGUCGUCGACGCUCACAGGCCGGCCGGGCAUGGUGUCCAGCAGUGGGUUGGGGUUGGGAGCAGGAGGAGAGAGGGGGCUCGGGGUCAUGGGUGUCACCGGUGGGAUUCAGAACCUCAGGAAUGGGAGUCUGCAGAGCAGCAGCUCCACAGCGGGCGGGCCAGGGGUUUUCUCUGGUGCGGACGGGUCAUCGACGGGGGCCGGAGCUGUCGCCGCUGGCGGAGCCUGCUCGGAGUUGUCGCAGCAGCAGCAGACCACACCUUCACUAGCCCCUCCCCCCUCGCCAUUCACUGCCACCGCACCCCUCAGCGGCACCGCCUCGGCACACGUGAGCGGUCUGCCGGCCUCCGUCUUCAACCUGGCCUCCUCCCACAUGUUCGGCAACAGGCUGAAUCCCAACUCUGCCAUGGCGGCACUCAUCGCCCAGUCCGAGGCCUCACCAGCAGAUCAGGAGGUGGGAGACGGCGGCGUCGGAUCUCAGGGCUUCUCCAUAAGAGCUUCUCCCAAGACCACCCCGCGCUCUCCCAUUGGCGGCCUGCAGAUCCGCUAUGACUCCUCGGGGUCGUUGCCGGGGCCGGGGCUUGGGUUGCUAGGGGCGGGGGGAGGCGGCGGGGAGGCGUUGCCCCCGGUGGCCACCAGCAUCGAGCAGCUCCUGGAGAGGCAGUGGAACGAAGGGCAGAGCUUCCUGCUGCAGCAGGGAACGCAAGGAGAUGUGGUGGGCAUGUUGAAGUCCCUCCACCAGCUGCAGGAGGAGAACCGGAGGCUGGAGGAGCAGAUUAAAACUCUGACCUUGAAGAAAGAGAGACUGCAGCUUCUCAGUGCUCAGCUAUCGGUGCCUUUCACCUCAAGCAUGAUCUCCGAUAUGAAAGGAGGCCAUUUGGGAGCCACUGACUCUUCUUUCUCAGUGGCUGCUCAGGACGGCGCGUCGUGUGGUGGCCACAGCAGCAGUGGCUCCACCUCGUCUCUCUCCACCCCUCCCUCAGUCUCCCAGAGCCCGCCGCAGCUGAACGGGGUUGCCGCCGCGGCAACCGGCCCCGGCCGGCUGGGCGGGGUGGCGGGGCUGAUUGGUGCUCUGGGCGCAGGCAGCGCACUGGGCAUGGCGGGAAUCGUCGGGGCGCUGAACGGCGUGAUCCAGACGCCGCCGGGCACCACGGGGGCGGCUGCGGGCGCCACGUUGCCCGUUAACAACGGCGCCGCGCGGCUCGGCCUGCUGUCUGAGCAGCACAGACUCCUGCAGCAGCAUCAGCUCCAGCAGCUGCUGUCCUCGCACCCGUCAGCGGAGCAGCAGCAGGUGUUUUUCUACCAACUGAUGCAGCAGCAGCAGCAGGACCUCCAGCAGCUGCAAUCCCUCUCCUCCUCUGCCCAGAUUCCCUCCAUCCCGCUCUCCUGCCCUCAGCUGCCCGUCGGCAACCUGCUGCCCAGCGCGCAGAGCCAGGGCCAAGGCACCAUCACCGCCAACCCCUUCCUGGCGAUGCAGCACGCACACGGUGACGCGCACGCCUCGGGGGCUCAGAAGGCGCGGCUGGCCGAGAAGGCCGUGGGCGUCGCGGGGCAAGAGAAGACAUGACGGCAGAGGCCCUUCAUGUCUCGGUUGUCGAUGUUUUGUUUUUGUUUGUUUUGGGGUUUUUUUUGUGAAUAAAUAUGCAGAGUCUUCAGGAGAUCGGCCUGUUGGUCAACUUUGUGGUUCAGCGAUGAAAACCAGUCACCAGCACUCAGUAGUGGACCUUGUCAGGUUUAUUUUGUUAUUAACUGAUUUCAGGUUACAGUCUUAAGAUUUUGUCUUGAUUUGUACUAUUUAUGUCCAUCCAAUUUUAGAUUUUAUCUCUGAUUUUUUUUUAGCUUUAGUGCAGCUUCAGGUUCUUAUUGUCAUAUUUGGGAUGAUUUUCAUUUCAUAUCACUGGUAGCGACUUAGCGUUUGAUUAAAUAAGCACAUGGUGGGUCUGAUCUCUUUCUCUCAACAGCUCAGCCUUUAUCUUUACUGAGUUUCUCUUCAUAUUUUUUCUCUUUCAAUCCCAUCACAUUUCUUUGUCAUUUUGCUGUGUCAUGUUUGAGGUUAUUUUUGUGCAUUAUUUCCUCUGUUUUCCUUUUUUUCUCCCUAUUUCCUCUCUGCUUCUCCAUCCUCCACACUAGCAACCGUCUCGGUCUGGUCUCGCUGCCGUCUCACUCUCAGGGGCCUCAACUCACGAGCUGGCACACAGCAAACUAAAAACAUAACGAGGAGGAAAAAAAAUCACUGAAAUACAUGUGUGGGGGGAAAAAAGGAACUACAACAGCCCACCACAGGACUUUAACGGUAGCAGAUGUAUGUUUGACAUCUGUCUCGCGGCGAUCCCGAGGGGAAUAUUGGGUGAGAGGCUCGUGAAAACCUCCCACACGUUCUCGCCGUUGCUUCUGUCCUCCCGUCUUUCGCUGUUUUUGCGCAGAGCCGUUAAAGCGUCAGCGAGCCGAGGCUCACGUGGUCACCGCAGAAGCCUUGCUCAUGACUGUCUUUCUCUGGGCCAGAUACAGGCAGCUCACUCGGGAAAGUGAAAUAAAAAAAAUAUAAUAAUGUUGAAUGUUGACGAUGGAUGCGGCGAUCCACACGGCACAGGCCCACAGAGAAGUAUUAUGCAGUUGGUUGUCAGCGUGUGGAAGCCGUAACGUUUCAUCUUUCCUGAUUGAGCCCCCUGCUGCACCUACCUCUCCAGCAGGACCAGCCUAUCGGGACCUACAAGGCCGCUGAAAGAGCCCCGCGACCCCGACUGGCCAAUCAGGGUCCAAACCCAAGUGCCUGAGGCCAGGGAGGGAGGGAGGGGGGGGGGGCAGGGCGGAUUUGUUUCCUUUUACCUGUGUCCCUGUCACUCAGCCAGACUCUUCACAACGCUACUGGUUAAUUAAGCUGCGUUGCUAAGGCAACAGAUUACCAAGUCAGGCUGGACGUGCGGUGUCUUUAAUAACGCCAGGAAAUAAUAUUCUGCUGCUUUCUCUAAUAUCGAAGCAGACGAUGUGUUGUGCUUUUUAUUUAUUAGGAGACUUUGUGUAACGGGCGUAAGAUGAUAUAUUUUAAAAGCCCGCUGGUGUUGCAACUGGACAUCGUUUUGUACUACUGUGUAAAGUUAUUUUUUGUAUUUUUAUUUUCCCUCGUACAGUCAAGUCUCUCUGUGAACCGUUUAAUAACUUCUACUCCGUGUUUGUGUUUUUCAAAGCUAGAAGCUACUCGCUGAUUGGGGUUGGGGGGGUCGGGGGGACGGGUGGGGGGGGUCGUUCAGUGGCACAGUUUUUACCUCGUUAAGUGUACAUAAAGCUUUCUCAUUGGCCGUUGUUGUACAUAAGUGAUUGUGAUUAGCUGUGCUGGUGUGAAGGAAAGCCAAUGAAGCCUCAAUUUGUGUGUGUGGAUUUUUAGGACCAGACAUAAAAAGGUUUAAGUGACUGGACACACAAAGUAUUAAUUUAUUUUUAUAUGUGCAGGGACAUUGUGUUUCUUUUUUUAAGUUUUGCACCACAUUCUUGAUGAGAAGUAAAUUUAUACACUGCACCGUGUUGUGUGCACGUGUGAUUUGUGCACACAUUUGUUUGGAUACGUUUUGUACAAGUGGAAAAUAAUGGGAGCGGGUGGGAAUCUGACAUUGUAUUUCAAAACACCAAAAUAAAGAAACACUAUGAACAAAUUAA